CGGAUGUAAAUGCAGCGGUAGCUCACAGAACGCAUCACAUGCCUGCUGAAGUCUAGCUGUCUAUCUCGACGCUUAAUCCGAUUUCAGGCCACCGAGUGCGUGUUCCUGCAGAUGAUUUGCUAAUAGUCCAAGGUAGAAUGAUGUGAUUUGCGCCGCUGCGGUGCUCACAAGCACAACAUCAACCCUAAGAGGCAUGGUUACGGCAACACCAGCUUGAUCUACCGGCCAUGUCAGCGUUCGAACGAGGCAAUCAUCUACGGGCAAGCUGACAGGCGAGAGAGAGUUGUCAAGUUUCAUUGACAAUGCUUCACACUUUCCGGCACACAUUUAUGAUUUUGUAGCGCGUCUCAGACCAAGCACAUGAUGAAGACUGUGUGCAUUGUCGGUGCUGGACCUGCCGGUCUUGUGGCGGCCAAAACUCUUCUGGGAACUAAGCAGUUUCAAGUCGUGGUAUUGGAGAAGGCCAAAAGGGUGGGCGGCAUAUGGGCAUUGGAUCACAACACUCAAGAUGGCUUCCUCAGCGCCGAGACACCUACAAACAUAUCCAAGUUCGCCGUAGGUUUCUCUGACUUCAGAUGGGACAAUCCGGAUCUUGUGAGGAGCUUCAUCGACGAGGGUCCUGAACGAUCAUCAAAACCUGCGGAAGUGUCCAUGUUUCCAAAAGCAUGGCAAGUAAAUCGAUAUCUGGAGGCGUACAGGGCAAAGAACAUUCCAGAUGACGUGAUUAGUCUGGGCAUGGAGGUAAUCGGCGCCGAGAGAUUAUGCAAAGGCAGUGAGGGCUAUGCCUGGAAGGUGACGACACGAGAUCACGAUUCUAGAGAGGAGUCAAGAAUCUUCGAUCGCUUGAUAAUAGCUGCAGGCUUCUUCUCAAAGCCACGGCCAUUGAGUCACAGCGUCAAGGUCGCGGCGGAUUUGAACAUCAAAGCAGUGCACAGUUCUGCGUUCAAGUCUCUUAAGGACCUCGCUCUGGAUACGGUCACCCCGAAGCAACGAACAAUCUUGAUGCUAGGUGGCGGGAACUCUUCCGGUGAAGCAGCAGCAGCAGUGGCGCAGCAAAUCUCUGACCUUUGGUAUUCUCCUGAGUCAGGACGGGAUCAAAAAUUUAAGGAUUUGAAAAUAGUCCAUGUGAUUCCACGACCCUUCUACGCUGUGCCUCCAUACGUGCCAGCUGAUGGCGAUGCCUGCUCAGUCAUUCCGAUUGACUUCCGGCUGUACGAUCUUUCGAGACGUCCCGCAGGCACGAUUGUCGGAGGAGGAGGCCGAGUCGCCGAGAAAGUCAAAGGAUCAAUUCAUGACUCCCUGCAAUCCAUAAUAGGAGGGAACCAGGCGGACCUAGGUAGUACUGCAUUGUCGAUUUCUCCUCACGAGCCGAGAGCGACAGCACAUGUCGCGCUUAGCGAAAGUUACCCAGAAUUUGUUCGCAGUGGUCUCAUCCAAACCCUUCCGGGGAGAGUUGUGGCGCUCGAAAUCGACGCUCAAUGCGAGGCUCUUGCUCGGAUAGUGGGUCCAACAGGCGAUGCUAGCGUUGACAAUAUCGCAGCUGUUGUGUACUCCACAGGCUACUCUCCAGCUUCUGCAUUGGAGUUUCUCUCUUACGACGUCAAGGCAAUUCUCAAGUACGACCCAGACAACUUUCGACUACCAGUGAUACUAGAAGGCUGGCAGACUAUGAGUCACGAACUUCCAGAUCUAGCAUUCCUUGGAUUCUAUGAGGGCCCGUAUUGGGGUGUCAUAGAGAUGCAAGCAAAGUUGAUAGCACAUCGGUGGACAUCUGGUGAAGUUGCUGGCGCGCGGCCCCUUGAAGAUGAAAAUAAGAUGCUGGAUCUAAGAGAAGCCAUGAAGCAGCGUGAGCUGGACGUUCCGCAGUACUGGUUUGGUGAUUAUCUUGGCUAUCUCGAUGAGAUCGCGAUGCAUCUCAAGUUGGAAAGGAACGAUAGACCCUUCAAGGCUCGCGAGGGCUGUACAUCGCCAGCUAGAUACCUAUCGCCAGAGACUGACAAGACGGAAGCAGAUUACAUCGUGCAAGAUCUGCACAAAGCCUGGCAUGCUUUCCUCGAGCACGGCCGUGGUGUGCCUCGAGCGGCAUUCCGAGCUCUGCAGGGCGACUGGGUCAUGUCUCGCACCAUCGACAGCGCACUGCCAAGUUUUCCGUCUGGAACGCUUGAAGGUGUGGCAAGCUUUCAUCCUCGCUCCCCGUCCAAGGACAAGAGCAGUCUUGACUUUGAUUUCGAGUAUCUGUACAUUGAGUCAGGCACUCUGAAGCUUUCAAAUGGAGCAUCAAUGCCUGCCAAGAGGCGAUAUGUGUAUCGUUAUUCCGAGGCUCGGGAUGAGCUUAGCGUUUGGUUCGUGAAAGCCGACAAUGAUCUCGAAGUGGACUAUCUUUUCCACAACCUCACCUUCGCGCCGCCAGCAGAGGCGAGGCAUGAAGGUGCUUGUGUUGCGAGAGCUGAUCACCUCUGCGUCAAGGACAUGUAUUGGACAGAGUACCGGAUGCCUCUAACGGGCAUUUCGUUACACAGCUUCUCGAAUAAGCAUACAGUCAAAGGUCCGAGCAAGGACUAUGUUGCUAUGACCAGGUACAGUCGACAUCCGAAAGACGUGUGAUCACUUGAACUUCAUAUAGAUAACUGACCAAAUCUGGUCGUCUCCAAUCAUGCCAAAUUCAUUCGUGGUGAAACAACCACCUGUAGUCGUUUUCCAUGUACAAGCGAAU